GCUCACUCGCGCAGGACACUCGUCCCCUUCAUCCUUUUUCUAUUUCAUAUGUAUCAUCAUCGAGCGCGGCUGGCCGUGCCUCUGGAUUUUUACCUCGUGAUCACUCGUUCAUCUCCCGUGCGGCGCGUAACAAUUUUUUCGACGUCGAUUCGUCGAUCAUCGAACGAGACGCGGUAGAUCCGUGUCGCUGCUCCGUCCUGUAACAGUUUGUUUUUUGCUGCCGCGCGUUUGAGCUGCCACAGGCAAGAAGUCGAGAAGAAGAUGAGUGCCGAAGAAAGAUAAGCGUCCGCGACUCGGAAGAUUCGUCGCGCCGAACCAGAUACAACCGAGCCAAUGUGAUUAUCCGAGUGGCGAUCCGCACGAGUAAACGAGACUGAACUGACACAAUUAUGCUCGCAACGUAGUCUUAAAAGUUAAGCGCUUCGGAGGAGUUGUUUGCUGACGCAUCUCUGCACGCAGGCAAAUCGAGUCUCUCUCCAGGAAAGCUCCCGGAAAGAGAUAUCAAUCGAAGCGAAAGCCCGAUAAAUUGGAGCCUCGCAUCGAGCUAAGAUAGAAAAGAAUUUCGCGGCAAAUCUAAGGCAGCGGGCAGUGAGGGCAUCGCUGCCACCAUUGAGUCGCCGGCGAGCUCGUCUUGCCGCUCGGACUCGGGCGCGGACGAGGCUCCCAAUCGUCGCUCGCAGCCACAUCGGAAUCCGCAGACGCGUCGCUCCUCGUCGCUGCUCUGCAACAGUCUCGAGGUGCCUACUACUACUACGACGUCGCGCCUGAGACGCCGCCGCUCGACGGUCCUGUCGAUCGCGACGAGCACUGCCACGACGGGCCGACGUCGCAGCUCGGCCGCGAGCACCGCAGCCACUUUGAGCGCCGCCAGCAACUUGAGACGGCGCAGCUCCGCGACGACUUUGCUGAGCUUGGGCGAGGCCGACGCAGCCGAGGACGAGGCCGACGAGGACGAGCUCCCACUGGACGACGACUACGAGGACAACAGUUACGACGGCGAGCCGCUACCUUACGGACCUGAUCAACACUUUGGUGAGCACUGCAGUCACGAGGCUUUCGUCGUGUUGAUGAGCGACUCCUUCGAAGUUAUAUCUUUGCCAGCCGACAUGAUGCAGCCGGCGAGUUACGGCAAGAAGAGCAUUAACCAGUGGUACACAUCGGGAGGAGCAGCCGGAGGCGGCGGAGGCGCGAGUCGGGUCGGCGCCAGUGGCGGUGGUGGCCUCGGCGGCUGGCAGAGUCGCAGCAGUCCGGCGGUGGCCAGCCUCAGCAGGAAGGCCUCGAUCAACGACGAGGUACCGGCCGCGGGUGGCGCCAAGCCCUCCUCCGGUCGAGUCAUUCGCAUAGUCAACAACCUCGAUCACACCGUACAGUGUCGAGUUUUACUGAAUCUGCGCACGUCGCAGCCCUUCGAGGAGGUCCUCGAGGACUUGGGCCAGGUGCUCAAGAUGAACGGAGCCAAGAGAAUGUUCACCGUAUCCGGACAAGAGGUGCGGAGCUUCUCGCAGCUGCGCAACGAGUUCGCCGACGUGGACACGUUCUACCUGAGCACGGGCACGGCGGGUGGCGGUAUGGCUGCGGCCAUCAUGGGCUCACCGGCGCGCAGGUCGCGCUCCAGGGGACCGCCAGCCGCCGUCGCGUCCGACGACGUGGCCGGUAGACAGCGUCGCGCCCGCAGCAAGAGUCGACCCCGGGCCCUCUACGCCCCGGACUCCGAGGUCGUGCGAGUCAACGAUGUACAGAGUAUUUUGGGCAUCGACGAUCGCGAAAUCAUAAUCAGGCCAAAUUAUCAACCCGUACUGCGACGUGUAGGAUAUCAGGCAUCCUCGCCGUCCUUGUACACAAUCAACGACUACAGCGUGGUGGAGGUGCUGCGCGAAGAGCCGGCCCGCGUCACCAUCCGAGGCCUGCGACGCUCGUUCUAUCCGCCGUCGCAUCUGCCGCCGGUCGACAACACGCCCCCGGACAAGAAGCUCGCCCUCGAGUGGGUCUACGGCUAUCGGGGCACCGACACCCGGCGAAAUCUGUGGGUGCUGCCGAGCGGCGAGCUGCUCUACUACGUGGCCGCCGUGGCGGUGCUGUACGACCGCGAGGAGAACGCCCAGCGCCACUACGUGGGCCACACCGAGGACAUCACCUGCAUGGAGGUGCACCCGAGCCGGGAGCUGGUCGCCUCGGGCCAGAGGGCCGGCCGCCACAGGAAGGCCCAGCCCCACGUGAGGAUCUGGUCGACCGAGACUCUGCUCACCCUCUACGUGUUCGGCAUGACCGAGUUCCAGAUGGGCGUCUCGGCGCUCGCCUUCUCCCAGCUGAACGGCGGCAGCUACGUACUGGUCGUGGACGCGGGCAGGGAAGCUAUUCUAUCCGUUUGGCAAUGGCAAUGGGGCCACCUCUUGGGCAAAGUUGCCACUCUUCAAGAGGAUUUGACGGGAGCAGCGUUUCAUCCGCUCGACGAUAAUCUUCUCAUUACCCACGGCAAAGGACACUUGACAUUCUGGAAUCGUCGCAAAGACGGCUUCUUCGAGCGAACGGACAUCAUCAAACCUCCGUCUCGAACGCACGUGACGAGCGUCCAGUUCGAGCAGGACGGGGACGUGGUGACGGCCGACAGCGACGGCUUCAUCACGGUCUACUCGGUGGACGCGGACGGCGCCUACUUCAUACGCAUGGAGUUCGAGGCGCACAACAAGGGCAUCAGCUCGCUCGUCAUGCUGUCCGAGGGCACUCUGCUGUCCGGAGGCGAGAAGGAUCGGAAAAUCGCCGCUUGGGACUCGCUGCAGAACUACAAGCGCAUCACCGACACCAAGUUGCCGGAGUCGGCGGGCGGAGUGCGAAGCAUCUACCCGCAGCGGCCGGGCCGUAACGACGGCAACAUCUACGUCGGCACGACGCGCAACAACAUCCUCGAGGGCUCGCUGCAGCGGCGCUUCAAUCAGGUCGUCUUCGGCCACGGCCGUCAGCUGUGGGGCCUGGCGGUGCACCCGGACGACGAGGUCUUCGCCACGGCCGGCCACGACAAGAACAUCGCCCUGUGGCGCCGUCACAAGCUCCUGUGGACGACGCAGGUCGGCUUCGAGUGCAUCUGCAUCGCCUUCCAUCCGUUCGGCGUGGCGCUGGCCGCCGGCUCGUCCGAGGGUCAUCUGCUGGUCUUGGCCGCCGAUACCGGCGCGGCCGUGGCUACGCUGCGCGUCUGCGGCUCGCCUCUCUCCUGCAUCGGUUACAAUCCAACUGGCGAGAUGGUAGCUAUGGGCUCGCAAAACGGAAGUAUUUAUUUGUUCCGAGUGUCGAGAGACGGUUUCUCGUACAAAAAGAGCAACAAAAUCCGAGGCACGCAGCCGCUUGUGCAGCUCGACUGGAGCUCCGACAGUCGAUUUUUACAAACUGUCACUCAAGACUACGACCUCGUUUUCUGGGAUGUCAAGGCCUUAUCCUCGGAAAAGAGUCCCUUAAUCAUGAAAGACGUAAAGUGGUACACGCACAAUUGCACAGUUGGCUACAUGGUAUCCGGAAUGUGGAACAAUCGUUACUAUCCGCUAACGACGGUGGUGACGACCUCGAGCCGGUCCGCGGCCCACGACAUGUUGGUGAGCGGCGACGCCGAGGGCUACCUGCGCCUCUUCCGCUACCCGUGCACGAGCGCCAAGAGCGAGUACGUCGAGGAGAAGGUGUACAGCUCGCUGGUGGCCUGCGCCCGUUUCCUCUACAACGACCAGAACGUCGUGACCGUCGGCGGAACAGACGCGGCCCUCAUGCUCUGGGAGCUCGUCGACGAGUAGCCCGAGUCGCGCACCACGCCCACGAGCUACUCGCCCGUAUACAUAUGUCCCUGAAGUGUAUAAAUUCUCGCGAGAGAGACCGAGAAAUCCUCCAUGUUAUUGUACCACGCGUAGAUAGGCUGCUUAACUUUAUCGAAUUAAUUUGUGCAGCGCUAAAAACGAGCCUGUCGAGUGACAAUAACUGGACUCGAUCGUACCGAUUACUUUUCAGCCGUCGUUUCGUUUUUAUAUGCAAUUAAUUUUCGCCUCUUUUCGUGUAAAUAAUUCGAUUACAAAGUUGGCUUCGAUGAAUGUACUUUGGAAUACUCAAUCGUGUAAAAUAUUUGGUUGUCAAUCGUAAGAGCGUCAUAACAAUAAUUUGUGUAAAAAAAAUAUCGAAGCAAUUUGUUCGAUUGGUCGAGCGAUUGAUUGAGGUCGGGUGAAAAGUCACCCAUAUUUAUAUAGAUCGAUAUUGCGUGAAGCUGUUAUUAGAAACGCGUUGACUGGCAAAAGUAUACAUAUUGGUGUAUUAUACGCUACCGCCACUUGAUUAGCCGAGAUAAUUGAUGUGCACCGCCUGUGGUCCCCACCAUAAUUUCAAAUAUUCCAGUGCCCACUAAUCCAAAUUAAAAUACUGUCCUAGUAUUUCUUAAUGUAAUAUCAAGUCCCUUCUCUUCCUAUCGCUCCUCUCAACAUUCAUUACAUCUACAACAGAUAAUGAAAUAAAUUCAAGACGAAAAAGUUCGUGCGAAUAUCCGCUAUCGAAUAAAUAAUAUGAAUUUCAAUAAAAAUGCUCGCACGAUGCUCGAACAUUUUUAUAAGAAUAUUUUUUUAUUUUGUCUUUCUUGUAUUUUGCAUACAAACAGCAAAAAGGAAAAUGUAUUCGAUACUUUCAUAAUGAUUGUACGAAGUGUAAUAACCACGUGUAACUCUUUCAUCUAUACCCUCCGAGUAUUUUUAUUAUAAACCAAAGUAAACAUUGCGAAUUUAUUUGUUAAAAAUAUCAUAAAAAUUGUCAAACUUACCACAAGCGAAUACAAACAUAAGGUCAUUUUAAUAUUCAUGUUUACUUAUGAAAUUUAAAACAUAAGUUCCAAUCAAUUAUUGCAACGAAAAACUCAACAAAAUUGAGUAGUUAAAUACUAAUUAACUUAUUUAUAUAUUUAUAUAUUUUCCAUUUUAGACGCUGUGUAAUUUUGUACAUACUUACAAUGAUCAUAAUUUCUUUCAACGGUUGAAAGUUUGAUGUUUAUAACUUAUAUUUUGCAAAACUUACAAAAUAAAUAUUAGUUGUUCCUCCAUUGUUUAUCUAGUCGGUCAUGGUUAAAUAAAAUAUCAAGUCAUCAAAUACCAGCAAAAUCUUGUAUUCCAAUAUGUUUAUUUUACGAACAGUACUGAGAGACAUCAUUUAGAGUACUGGUUACUUAAAUUUUGCCGCAUAUACAUUUUUUCCAAAUACAUUGUGAUGUUUUAUAUAUUUUAUUUUAAUGUACAACGUAGAUUAAAAUUUACAUAGUAUUUAACAAUUUGAUUGCAAAAUCAUUCGGGCAGAUGAAUGAUUUGAAAAAUCAUAAUCCAAAAAUCAAACGUUAAAAAAAAAAAAAAAAAACUAAAAAUUCAUUUAUAUUAUUGAACUUAGAAAAAUGCAUAAUGAAUAAGCGGCAUUAGUAAUGAGAAAAUUUGUACAAUUGAUACAGAAAAAUCAUUACAAAGCAAAUGUGAUUGUAUGAACGCUAAAAAUAUUAGAAUGACUGUAUCAGCAGUAAAAUAAAAUGAAAGAGUAAUCCUCUCCAAUUCGAGGCGCUGGCGUCUCUUUUUAAUAGUAAUUCAAACAUAUGGAUAAUAUCUUGUGAAAUUAGUAUAAUACUUUAAUAGUGACAAUUUUAUGAAACAAGUGAAGAAUAGAGUUGAGUUUCAAUUUACAUCUCACAUGCCUAAACUAAUACUUGACUUUGAUGUUACGUUAAUGUUUUUUUUUGCCAACUUUCAUCUAAAAUUAUAUCACAUUUAAAGAAACUUUUUUGUUCAUGAAAUUACUAUAAUUAAAAAAUAAAAUUAAGAAUUUUGUUGAAUUCUCAAACUCAACCCUAUUCUUUGGCAAAAGCACUCAUUAUUAUUGAAAAUGUAGAUGUGUUCAUGCUGUUGCAGGUCAACGCAGAUAGACGAUUAAAAAUAAUUUUACUCAGAGAAUAAAAAAUAUUCACAAUUACGUCGAGCAAAAUGAUGUACUCCUAAUAUCUACACAAACUUAGACUAACACAUCCAUACAUUCUGAAAUAAUGCACCUCAUAAUCCAAAUCUUAUUAUAUAAUUACUAUGCAUAAGCCUUCUUAAAUGAAAAUAAAAAAACUAUAUCGAUAAAUAA